AAUGGCUAGUUACUGGAACUACACAAUAAGAAUAACAAAAACAAUAUGUGUAAAGCAACAUGUUCAAAAAUUAUCGAAGUCCUUUUAAAAUUAGGAAAUAACGUGUAUGCCUAACACAAGUUUGCACCCUUUCACUAAAAUUCCUGUAAAAUUAUAAUCUAUAUUUUACAUAAAUUGGGUAUAGUAUAUAACCCAACUGAUACUGUAUACCACAAUGAUAUCUGGAAUUUUUACAGUUUAAAAAAGUAGUUGGAUGCUACACAACUCUGCAAGUCUGUUCAUUUCAUUUCUGUUCAUCUUCAUGACCAAAGAUUCCUUGAGUUUAGAUGUCAUGUCAUUACCAAAGUUGGAGAGGAAGGUUCGAAGGCAGAGUUGUAUUAUUGAAGCAGAAGUCAACCAGAAAUCGAGUGGCAAAUGGACGGAGGAAUGUAUCCUGGCAGGUGAAAAACCACCAUACCGGAUUGCGGUGGGAUUGAUGCGUCAAAAUGAGCCUAAAUUGAGCCAGUUGAAAGAGCUGCUACAAAAAAUUCCAUCCUUGAAGCGAGCAGCCGAUGGAGGCCUUCAGGCAACUUACCAACCAAGCUCGAACGUCCAUGGAAAUCCCGAGGAAAGGUAUCCGGUCUUGAAAGAUCCGACUCUCGUCAGAGCCGGGUAGUUCGCUUGUGUACGUCUCUUAAGCACAUUGCACAUUACCAUCGCACAAUAAAACUGAGUACGUCGUCAAAAAUUAUAUACUCCCUGAUGGAAAUGAAAUUUUUAAAACAGUCUUCUGCGGGAAAGAAUCGAGCGCUGAGUCGAGAAUACUAUCCCAGCAUUGGACUCACAGAAGCCAUCCAAGUAAGUAAAAUUUUCACCUUUCAGAACAAUAGCUGUCUUUCAGAACAUUACUUUCUCGCAAACUUUCCCGCAUGGUGUACGACCGGCCACCACACAGAUUGAAUUAGUGCGCGCGUUGGUUUAUGGGAUACAGCAUCAAAUUUUCUUUCCCCAGGCCCCCGCAAUGAAGUCACAGAUCACCUGGUUCAUAUAACUUCCGGCCUCGAUGUAUCUCAGUUGUGAUGGAGCGGAUGAAAUUCAGCUCUGUUGCAGAAUGUUACCAGAUCUUAAACGGAAAGAACUCAUCGGAGGUGGGAGUUUUGGAAGCGUUUACAAAGCCACGUUGAAUGGUAAGCCAGUGGCAGUGAAAAUCCGUCAUGAACGUUACUUCAGAGAACGUCGCGGCAACAACAAAUAUAUGGUGCAGUUUCAGGCGGAAUGUGAAAUUCUUCAAAACCUCCAGCACAAAAACGUGGUUAUGUUACUAGAAUUUUUCAUUUCACAUUCUUCACCGCCAAUGCUGAUAACUGAACUCUUGGAUUGUGACUUAGGAAAGUAUAUUCGUAAUUGUCAUCCAGGGAAGAUUCCAUAUUCAGAAACUGUCUCGAUUAUGCUAGACGUAGCGGAAGGUCUCGGGUAUCUCCAUCAGCAAAAUCCACCGAUACUUCAUCGAGACUUGGCCAGCAAAAACAUUCUUCUUACCAAGGGAAGGCAGGCAAAGAUUGCUGAUGUUGGUCUUGCUAAAAUGCAUCCAGAAGGCAAACAAAUUUAUUGUUCUCCUGUGCCCGGAACGCCAGCUUAUGCCGCACCAGAAACGUUUUACCCAGACUACGAUGCAAGGUUUCCCACGACUAGGCGAGUCGAGUAUGACACUAAGAUUGACAUCUUUUCCUUCGGAAUCACUUUGAUGGAGGUUAUCAAUGGAAAAUCACCUAGUCCACAGCCAAGUGAUCAGCCAUUUACGAGCGAUGGUGUGCAGAUCCCAGUAAAAGAUCGCCGUAAAUGUGACAUCGAGUUGAUGGGUGAACAUCAGCUGAAGGAAAUUGUCUUUCACUGUAUCGAGGACUCUACUGACAGGCGACCAAGCGCUGAGGAGCUCACUGAAAUGCUUCGACGCGAAUCUUCAAAAAUCAAACAUAAGGAAAUGAUUGCAAACAACAGAGCUCGAGGGGAAAUCCCAAUGAUUGAAGUUGCAGUUUUAGGGCAAUCGGGUGUAGGAAAGACAUGUCUUAUAUCACAAUUUGUAAACCACAAGUUCGAUGAGAAUGUAGCUCCCACAUGUGGUAGUGGUUACCAACACGUUGUUAUCAACGUCCACGGUAAAGACUUUAAAUUGAUCAUUGCAGAUACUGCUGGACAAGAACGAUUCAACCAUUCUAUUACUCCGGCAUCUAUUCGGCGAUCUCAGGGUAUCCUCCUUGUUUACGACGUAGAAGACCCUUCCUCUCUCAUGGAGGGCAUUCCCGAAACGUUGCAAUGGAUUCAUGAGAACAGACCAGAUAUUCCUAGUUUGAUUUCAGUGGGCAAUAAGGGAGAUUUGACCGAAAACGAGCCGAGUAAACUUGUUAUCCCUACUAAGGAGGGCGAACGCUUUGCUCAAAGUUGUGGAAUUCCCUUCACCGAAACUAGUGCAAAAAGUGGAAAAAAUGUUCAAAAAGUGUUUGAAAUGAUUGCAAAAAAUAUCUAUGAUUAUUUGGAAUUAUCUGAUAUUGAGAUCUAUAUCUCAGAUGAAAGAAGAGAUACAAUCCCGUUCACAGUCAGUAAUGAUCCCCCACGUGGAAGGAGCAUUUUAGAAAGGAUUGGUGACUGCUGUAAGUUCUAGAUGGAGCCGGUUCGAAGGAACUUUUAGAGCCAAAACCGAUUCGCAAGAUUGAAAUAACUGUAUACAAGGCGGCUAAUAAAACCAUAGUUGUUGGAAAUUGUAAAGCAAGCUUUUACAAUGUAAUAAACAAAUAUUCUUCCGUUUUCUCGGAUAAA